AUGGCUUCGAGCACGACCAAUGGUACUGCUGGUCAUGCCCUGGAUCUGACCGUCCUCGGCCUGAACAGUGGGACGUCGAUGGAUGGUAUCGACUGUGCCCUCUGCCGCUUCCGUCAAGAGACUCCUGACUCUCCGAUGCACUUUGAGCUGCUCAAGUAUGGGGAAAUCCCGCUGGAACCAGUUAUCAAGAAACGAAUCAUGAAUAUGAUCCUGCGCAACCACACGUCCCCAUCCGAAUUAUCCGAAGUGAAUGUCAUUCUCGGCGAGACAUUUGCAUCCGCAGUGCAUCAAUUUUGCAAAGAUCAAAAUGUGGAUAUCGAAUCCAUUGAUGUACUAGGCUCCCAUGGCCAAACAAUCUGGCUUCUUUCUAUGCCUGAACCUGGGGAGACACGGAGCGCACUGACGAUGGCCGAAGGCUCAUUCCUGGCCUCACGCACCGGUAUUACCUCAGUGACCGACUUUCGCGUGAGCGAUCAAGCUGCUGGUCGACAGGGGGCGCCCUUGAUUGCGUUUUUUGACGCACUAGUGUUACAUCAUCCCACAAAGUUGCGUGCCUGUCAGAACAUCGGCGGCAUCGCAAAUGUAUGCUUCAUUCCGCCUGAUACCCACGGCGGCGUGAACGAAUGCUACGACUUUGAUACCGGCCCUGGCAAUGUUUUCAUCGAUGCGGUCGUGCGCCAUUAUACAGACGGCAAGCGGGAGUACGACAAGGAUGGCGAGAUGGGUGCACGCGGCACAGUCGAUCAAGAGCUUGUUGACGAAUUCCUUCGUCACAAGUAUUUUGCCCUUGACCCACCAAAGACUACAGGCCGCGAAGUUUUCCGCGACACCCUUGCGCAUGACCUCAUCGCCGAAGCUGAAGCUAAAGGACUCAGUCCUGAUGACGUCGUCGCGACCAUUACACGCGUCACCGCACAGGCUAUUGUGGACCACUACCGUCGGUAUGCUCCGAAAAACCUUGAGAUCGCAGAAAUCUUCAUGUGCGGCGGUGGUGCAUAUAAUCCCAAUAUCACCGCAUAUAUCCAGAAACACUAUCCAAACACUCGUAUCUUAAUGCUCGAUGAUGCUGGUAUCCCAGCAGGUGCGAAGGAGGCUAUCACUUUUGCCUGGCAGGGUAUGGAGGCCGUGGUGGGUCGUUCCAUUCCUGUUCCUACACGUGUCGAGACCCGUCAAGAGUACGUGCUUGGAAAAGUGUCUCCUGGAAAGAACUACCGAAAAGUUUUACGCCGAGGCAUGCAGUUUGGUGCCGGCCGCGACCAUCUAUCACCGGUGAAGGAGCUGGUCAACUACGUCGAUGGCAAGGUUUUCAACAACAAGUGGUAA